AUGUCGAGCAACACUGUUGAUAAGUGGCUGGAUGCAUUGCGUUUCGAGAAUUACCGCCUCCAAUUUAGGCCUCACCCAAUUGACGCCGAGGAGAUAAGAUCACAAAUCCAGGCGCUCGAAGCUCGGCCCGUAGCCACAAUUGCCCACGGCGACUUUGACACUCUACUCCACAAACUGGACAGCCUGAAGGAAGACCUGGCCUCCGUCGAACAGACGAUCGAGCUCCUCUCACAGAUUAGGGAGUUAAGAGGACAAAUCCGCGAAAAGGGUUUUCUCGCGUACGACGUAGAUCAGGCCGGAGAGGUGAUCGAUAAUCUUCAUUUCCGGUCCGAGAAGAACAAGAUGGAUCAGAGGCAACGACAGUGGCGACAUCUGGCUUCUCUAAGGCGAGUUUGGCCGGAGGCCGAUGCCGCGAGGAGGAAAGGCAUUGUGCAGUUGUUGGGGACGUAUAGUAAAAGGAGAUUCCUCUGCGGCGCGACGAAUCUUCGGAUUGGUACCGUGACGAGGAUUGGCAGAUGGGCGAGCAGAAUGCGGAGGACCUCGCGUUCAAAGGAGAUCAGACGACCCGAACAUCCGAUUACGCGUUUCCUCAAGCGCCUCUACGUUCAACCGCAACAUAUAUUUAAACGCCUCAUCUCGGACGCUGAAAGAGUCUACGUCUUCCUCAUGUAUCCUCAUCUAGUCCUCGUAUUAGCAACACUACUCUGGCUGCCCUUUCACCCUCUUACGACUACUGCGCUAGAUGUCGCUCGUCACGGACCGAUCGCAACGGCUUCCAAUCGAACUCAAGGCAAAUCAAACCUCAAACUCACACCCUCUGCAGGUUUUCCCAACAAGACUCUCGCGCCUUCGCGAAACUUCAUUUCAUACCACGUCCCCCACUCACCCACGACCCUCCAAUUCCACAGCUUCGGUUCCUCGAUCCCUGUCGAUGAAUUACUCCAGACCGUCGCCUUAGCUGUAGGCGUCAUUUUCAAAUACUUGAACAAAGGGGAAGGCAGGACGCCCAUCGCCACAGGUGUCUUCGUCUUCACACACGAGUUCCGGAAUCAUGACGAGCUUGAAAUUAUCGUUGGCGAUUUUCGGGAGAUCGGUCGGCCGAUGACUUAUAACGCCUUGUUCGAUGUGGUGAGAGGAGUUGGCGAGUUCAUGAUAGUGCCAGGGCACAAGACUCAGGAAGUGGAGUUUGAGGCGGAGAUUCUGGGACUUGGGUAUGUGGGGACUGGACACGUCGAUUACAAGCCAGCUGAAGUAUCGACUUCUCGCGUCGCAUGA